GAACUGGAUCUAGCUCGGCAACAACGAACAUUUCACGAAGUCCAUACGAACAUUCCCGGAAAUCGACUUUCACGAAAAUAAAACUCACGUUGAAUACAUCGUCGAACUCUUUAGGUUAUCUAACAAACAGCUCGUUUUCAGCCUCAUGAAAAACUUUUGAGAUUUGGCAUGGGACGUAAAGUGACUCUUGCAGCUUGUAGCUUAAAUCAAUGGGCCCUAGAUUUCGAGGGAAACUUGAAAAGAAUUCUUCAGAGCAUCAACAUUGCUCGCGCACAUGGAGCGACUUACAGACUCGGUCCUGAGUUGGAAAUUCCCGGCUACGGUUGCAAUGACCAUUUCCUGGAAAGCGACACGUUACUGCAUUCUUUUCAAGUGCUGGCGUUGUUGUUGAAAUCUCCCGUGACCAAAGACAUUAUAUGCGACGUCGGAAUGCCCGUUAUGCACCGAAAUGUACGGUACAACUGUAGAGUUAUCUUCCUCAAUGGAAAGAUCCUCUUGAUUCGACCGAAGAUGACUUUGGCUUGUGAUGCGAAUUACAGAGAAGGAAGAUGGUUUACAAGAUGGGCGAAGGUAAGACGAUCUCUCAUGUGUUCCGGGGUCUGGAGGGAGGGGGGUUGCAGAGGCGAAGAGGAACUCUGUCAUUGAAUUGGCAUCCGUCACCCCAGCUUAAUUAUAAUAUCAUUUUUCGAGUUGUGCUGGGGAUAUCCCAGCAGUCUGUGGGUUUUACUGUCUAUUUUAAACAAGUAUUGGCAUUUUUUUUUAACUUUGGAGGUAGAGAAUACUAGUGAAUGCUUGAUCGAGCCCCAACCCUUCCCCCCCCCUCCCUCCUAUAAGCCUCCCUCUUUUGGGAUUCCCUUGUCUUUGUUUCUGGUCAUUUCACUGCCUUCAUCUCUAAGUCCCUCUCCUCUCCCUCUGAACAAAAAUCCUUCCCUUAAAGAAAUUGUUUUAGUAAUGAUAGAAAAUAUUCAUCUCGGAAAUCUUUGUUUCUAAUUAUUUAAGGUUUCCCAACCAAUUUAAAGAAUACCUGGCACAUUCUUCUUUAAAGCUGGGAAACAGGAAGGAGAAAUAAAGCAUUAGUCUCACUUUUGUUUUCGUCAAUGUCUUUACAGUAAGCCUUCCCAUUAUAAGAGGCUAGCAAAGGGGGAAGGGUCUUGAUCACUAUAAUAUCCAUUUAUUUAAUCAAGCAAACAGGCAAUGAGAAUACUCAAACCUAUAAGGUAGAAGUUGUCACUUGAUCUACCACCAAAUUCUCAUAACUAAUUUAUAAGGAAAUGUGUGGCAGGUAGAGGCGAGAACUAGCUAAUUAUCAGACCAUGGGAGUCAGAGAUUGAUAUGACUUUUAAAUCAGUUUUUUUUCUCUCCUCAAAUCAGACAAGGCAAACUGAAGAGUACUUCCUGCCUCGCAUGAUAUCUGAAAUUACUGGUCAAGUAACAGUUCCUUUUGGAGAUGGUGUGAUCUCAACAUUGGAUACUUGUGUUGGCACAGAAAUCUGUGAGGAACUUUUCAGUGUAAACUGUCCUCACAUAGCUAUGGCUCUUGAUGGAGUGGAGAUUUUUACAAAUGCCAGUGCAAGUCAUCAUCAACUUAGGAAGUUAAACAAGAGAGUUGAAUAUGUGAAGGAUGCCACUACAAAGGUAUACAUUUGUGUUAUUUCUGAAUUGCUGAUAUACUUUUUUCUGCCGAAAAAGAAGUAGUGUUUGGCACAAGGCAUUUUUAGCAGUACUUAAUAUAUUUUAUGGUAAGGUAGUCCUGUGGGAGAUUCAAGUGUGGGGAUUGGUUCUUACUUAGUCCAUAUUUUGCCAUACAGACUGUUUCUAUGGAUGGCUGUUAUCAACCCUUUAAACAACUGGGUCCUGGACUGUGUUUCUCCUCCUUGUCUGCUAAUACAGUUCUUGUCCUGUUGGUUUGGAGAAUUUGGUAUUGGAUCAACUUAUAAUCCCCUAGGUGAUAUUUUUCUUUAUUCUCACCACUUAUCUGGUUGAUAUUGUAUUAAUAAUGUAAGGAGAAAUUCUCUCUUGGUCACUUAUGGCAGUUAAAGGGUUAAAAGACAGACAAGCCCUAAGAAUUUUCUUUCAUUCUUUUAGGGUGGUGGCAUUUAUGUCUAUGCCAAUAUGCGAGGUUGUGAUGGAGAAAGGGUCUACUAUGACGGCUGCUCCAUGGUGGCAGUUAAUGGAAAAAUAGUUGCACAAGGUUCGCAAUUUUCCAUGCAAGAGGUUGAAGUUGUAACCUCCACUGUCGAUUUGGAAGAAGUGCGUUCCCAUCGUGGUGCAAAGCCAACAUUUGGUUCAAAUGCAAUGGAUCUCACCCAGAGCUAUCCCAGAAUCAAGGUGGACUUUGCACUGAGCCGUGAAGAUGAUAUUUCGGUUGCUCCUGCUGAACCCAUAGAUGUCCAUUAUCACACGCCAGAGGAGGAAAUAAGCCUGGGGCCGGCAUGCUGGCUGUGGGACUACCUCAGGAGAAGUGGCCAAGCUGGCUUUUUUCUACCUUUGAGUGGAGGUGUGAAAUUAAUUCAUUUUACCUUGCAGCUCUGGAGAUCCAACUAUUAAUUUUCCAUACAGACUACCACAGAUUUCUUUGUGAGUAAGAAAGGAGAUGUGGUAAAAUAGGCAGUGGGCUGUCAUCAUAGUAAAUAACACUUUCAAAAGAAAAGUAUUAUCAUUUGUCUUAUGAUGUGGUCAUAUUGGAUGUGGACAGUGGUGUUUCGACUGCAUACUGCAAUUGUUCUUCAGGCAAUAAGGUUGAUUGAGUACCUGUUGCCCAUAUGCUGUUGUGCUUAGCUGUUGUGCUCGGCUGGUGUCAUUUAGAAAUAACAUCCACCGGCUGAUAUGCUUUUAUUUUCUUAUAAUCUGUUUAAUUAAUAUAGCAUUUUGGAAUCACAGGGAGAAGUUACAUGUUCAUCACUUAGAACUAAGAAUUAACCCUUUACACCUGAACAUCAAUAUCCAUAUUCUUCACAGUGCUCUCUAUACAUUUUUUGUAAUAUUGACAAGGAGAAUUUGUUUGAAAAUCAAAAGCUGUUUCAGUUGCUGUUCAUUUCCUUUAUUCUUGUGACCUUCAAGUUUGAUUCAGCAGUGUUACUCUACAGUGAAAAAGUAUGUUAGUCACUUGUAUGAAUUCGAUAAGUCAGUCACAUAUUUCAGGGAAAUUGAAUUCUGAGUUGAAAAUUUUUUGAUUACUUGAAAGGUUAUGCAAUGCUUAUCAGCAUUUUUAAUUUGUCAAUUUCCAAAAAAUUUGAACAGUUUUUCUUUAUUUAUGCAAUUUGGUUUCUAGAGUAGUGCAGUUUUAUUUGAUCUGUUAUAAUUUAAGAAAAAAUGAGUGGAAGAGCUGAGAGGGUCAUUUCCUCUGCUGGAAGUUCUUCUAAAUGGAACAAUUACAUUUUGUGAUUUCAUUAAGGACUUUUGUAAUACUUAUUUAUCUAUUUGUAUUAGUGUUUGGAAUAAAAUUCAUGGUUUUCAUCUCAAAUUAAUUGUAGGCAUUGACAGUUCAUCAACAGCCUGCAUUGUAAGCUCCAUGUGUCAUCAGGUGUGUCAAGCUGUCAAAAGUGGAGAUCAACAGGUGUUGGAAGAUGCUCGUAGGAUUGUGAAUGACAAGUGAGUUAUUAAAUUAGAAAUUGCAGUGAAGUUAUUCACUUCAGAUUGUGAUUUUUACAUACCUUACCAUUACAUGGGUGAGUCAGCUUUCAUAGCCUUUUCUGAAUUUUGGAUUCAGCAGUUAGGAAGGUGUAUGAAAUAACAAAAAUUGUUAUUUAUCUAGACUUUCACUCUACAAAAUCAGCACUGUGAUUGGUUGAUUUUUGGUCAUGUGCCCCUGAUCAAAUUCAAAUGUAUCCUGAUUAGACUACAAUUGCAUAUUUGUUGCCUGGGUGCCAAAUACAUCAGCAUGCUUUUGCCAUAUGAUUGUUGAAGGAAAAGUCUAAAUAUAUAACAAAGCACUUAAUGCAUGGUUCCUUGGGAAACUAGUUAGUUUUGUUUUGCCUUGUCGAGGGAAACAUCAGGACAUUCGGGAAAACAAAACUAACUGUUUCCAUCGGGGCCACACAUUAAGAGUAUAAUGUUGCUCUUUGUCAAGUAUUCCUGGCAGCUGUUUUCUUGGAUGUUGCUCAGUUCUCUCUGACAGAUGGAAGACAGACUAAUGUGUGAAUGUUUAUCCAAUUCAGUUUUGAGGUCAAAGGAUGAUAGAAUGGACAAAAAGAACUGCCAUGCAUAGAUUGUGUCAUUUUGUACGUUUUUUCAUCUGUGCAUUAUGUUUUUUCAUGAAUAGUUUUGUGAGCGAGGCUAACUUCUGUUGUGUUUUAUUUCUUUGCCAGCAAUUACAUUCCUACCAAUCCCAAGGAGUUUGCAGGCCGUAUCUUUGUUACUUGUUACAUGGGAACUGAAAAUUCUUCCGAAGAAACAAGGAAAAGAGCAAGUAAUCUGGCUGAGGAGAUAGGCAGUCAUCAUAUGGGUGAGGGAACCAUUUCCUAUGUGUUUUCCAUCAAGAAAUAAUACUCCUUAUCAGCAAGAGUAUUUUUCAACUAAGUGUCAAAGUUAUCCAAGUGACCAAUCACAACAAAGGUUAACAUUAUUAGCCAAUGAGAGUUCAAAGCGCAAACUGUUUGAAGCGUGAGAAAACGCAAAAGGGCAAGCGGCAGAGGUUUUUAGUUUUGCAUCUGACUGGUUGAGAGGAUGGUGCGAAUGCUCUGGCAAGGCAAAGUUUAUUAAAACCAGUGCAAUUCCGGAUUACUUUCGACGCUCAAUUAAAAAAUUUCUCUUUGAUCAUAUUCCUUUUAAUUCACACGAACUGCGGGUGAUUCUCUCGCCAGCUUACGCCAGUGUAGUCACUUCUCUCACACUGCCAAGAAUUCCAGUUUUACGGUAGCCUUACACCUUUCGAUAUGAUGGAUUCUCUACGAAAAUGCUAACACUCUGGCGCCAAAAUUUAACGCCUUUGACGCCAAAAAAUAAUCAGGUUUGAAAGCCUGACUGAAUUUGGCCGAUUAUUAUUAUUAUUAUUAUUAUUAUUAUUAUUACUGUUUUUUUCAUUUUCGCUCAGGGAUCACAAUCGAUGCUGCUGUGAGUGCCGUUCUCGGGAUUUUUACAGCAGUCUCGGGUAAAAUCCCGAAAUUCAAGUUAUAUGGCGGGACUCACCGCGAGAAUCUGGCUUUACAGAACGUACAGGCUCGUCUGCGCAUGGUGUUAGCGUACUUAUUUGCGCAGCUGAUCAUGUGGGCGCGCGGGCUCCCAGGUGGACUGCUAGUCUUGGGAUCAGCAAACGUGGAUGAAAGGUACACAUAUUCCUAGAGAGUUAGAGAUUUUUUCAAGAAGGUUUUUACAUGGUUUUACUCUUCACAGUCACUUGAAAACUGUUCCUGGUGACAGACUUAGUUGUAUCACCAUACGCAAGCGAGAAGCUGCCGUGAAAAGUAAUUUAUGGAUUGUGUGCUUUAUGCAAACCGUCUCACAGGAAUGACCAAAAGCUAAUCGUUCCCCUUUAAUUUUACUGCAUUAUCAAGCAGAGAGUUGACGAGAAGAAAUGUAGAUAGCAAUCAGAUGAUGUUUUUAUUUUUAUUUCACAUCAAAUUCAAAGCAAGGAAAUUGUAAGAAAUAUGUGGCAGAGCCAGACGGUGCUGAGAAUCGAUAUGUAGAUCUUUGGGGUGAAAUGGUUAAAUCUAUUGAUUUACUUUUCAGUUUGUGCGGCUACCUGACCAAGUACGACUGUUCUAGUGCAGACAUUAACCCGAUCGGUGGAAUAAGCAAAAAGGAUCUAAAAUCGUUCAUUUUCUACUGCGUAGAAAAGUUUAACUUCAGCUCGUUGAUACGAAUCCUUGGUGCACCACCCACAGCAGAGCUUGAGCCGUUAGCAGACGGCCAGAUACAACAGACAGAUGAGGUACGUGCUUUUCAUACUCCGUUCUCUUUUCUUUGUUUACGAUUCUAGAAUUUUACGUAACUUACGAGAGUUUUCCCCAUCACUGGUCUGUGCGACAGGUGUUUAGACAAUCAUAUGAAACUUCGUCCCCAGGGUACUCUCUCUUUCUUUAGAGAGAGGACCCUGGGAUCGAAGUUGAAUAAGGUACGAGUUGAAACUGCUUGUUGAUUCAGAGACGUGCAAGGGAGGAGAUUAUUUCAUAGUGAUUACGUCGUAUUAUUCUUCCCUUAGUUUUUGGCAACAUGUAUCCUUGGCUGCCCCCUAUCACGAAGUCGUCCCCUCUCAUCGCUUAAAAAUAUACCACAUUUCCAUUUUGACGCCAAGGCUUCACAAUUAAAUUCCAAAUUUUCUCAGAAGGGAGCAGAUUGUUUUAACGCAUGAAAGUAGUUAAAGGGUGUGGUGGUCGUUUCUCGAAGGUUCCGGCAACUUCACAGGCCCGUAAAGCUGUUUUUUUUUUUUUUACCUCAAGAUGAGAGUUUGGAAAGAUUUUAUAAAUUCUGCUCUUAAAAUAUCAGUAAAAGAAACAAUGGGCUUUUAAAAGUGCCAGAACCUGUUUCUCUAAUCUUAAAAUUUUGAUGUUAAAACGUUGCUUCGGGCCCGUUAAAUUAUUGAGUUUAUCGAGAAACGGGGCUUGGUUCCCAAAAGUCUUCGAUCGUUUAGGGGCAGAGCAUCGGGACAGGUGCUCGAAAGAUCGUAGGUUCGAAUUUUUCUUUUCUCGGUCUGCCUCGUUUACAUUGGACCAAAGGCAAUAUUAACUUUAAAUUUCCUCUUCAGGAGGAUAUGGGUAUGACUUACGACGAACUCUCAAUGUUCGGUUGCUUAAGGAAGGUAACUCGUUGUGGACCGUACAGCAUGUUCUGCAAACUAAUCCACACCUGGCGAGGAACUUAUACUCCUGCCAAAGUGGCUGAGAAAAUUAAACGUUUCUUCCGCGCAUACUCAAUCAACCGGCACAAAAUGACAACCCUGACACCUGCCUACCACGCAGAAAACUACUCCCCGGACGACAAUCGAUUCGAUCUCCGACCGUUCUUGUACAACACUCAUUGGUCGUGGCAAAUGCGAUUGAUUGACGAGGAAGUUCGACGACUCCAAGUGGCCGAGGCGUCGUUGUUACGUCACCAGGAGCCUCGCCUUCAUGUCAACAGUGACACUUUGUAUGGAAGCUCUCAUGAUCCGCACACGGGCAACAAUGAGGGCAUGACGUCAUCACCGGUAAAGAGUGAGAGAACUGGAAAUCAAUUUGGCACCGAGGAGCAUCAAACGAGACGUGAGAGACUGGAGCGGACUUUGGAAACGCUGACAAAUUUUAAUCGAGGGACCACAAGGACGCAGAACAGGGGAACUCCUCCGUGCCCAGCGCUGAUCCGCAUCAAGUCUGAGCCUGUGGAUCACGAGGAAGGUCGUGCGACCCACGGUACUGUGGACGACCCGGACAUCAGACCGCGGAAGAGAAGCGAAGCCAACAUGGCAGGAAGCUCUGAUGGGGAGUUUGUCAGCGGAGAGAAGUACAUGCGGAUAACGUCACCUUAGCUGUCGAUUCAGUGGUUUUUCUUUUAUCGCUGAAGGCUGAAAUACCUUCGAUUGGAGUUGGCGUCCUGUAGGUACUCCCCAGUAGACGGACUUUGAAGUGUGUCAGAGCUUAGCUCCUGUCGGAGUGAUCUCGAGUGCGUGUACUGUUUUUAGAUUGGGUGAUAAUAGUCGGAACUAAGAGCGAAUUCCUCACCGAUGACCUGCCAAUGUGGCCGGUUAUAGGUCCUCUAGAGUACUGACAGUUGUACAAUCACCUGUUGAAUUGUUGAAUUGGAUUCAUGGUGUCAAUGCAAUUGAUUUUUGACGUCAUCCAAUACCUUUCCAACCUCGUUUCCAGGAAUAACUUUGGAGAUGAGGCUGAGCAAGCACAUAGAGAGAGAGAGGCCCUUGAAUUCCCAAAGUCUGAAUCUUAACUCUCCUUUCUGGUUGCUUUCCAGAUGCUUGCAAAUUAUUCCAAGAAAUUUGGUGUUACGUCAACCUAACACUCCUGUUAUCGUGUUUUUGACCCUCUACACCCUAACAUUGAUAUGUUUAUUCUCCGUACUGUUUUUCACCGCUUCACAUGGUACUGACAGGGAGAAUUUGUUUAAGAAUCUAGAGCUGCAUGAGUUGCAGAUCAUUUCCUUUAUUCCCUUGACCGUAACGUUUGAUUCAGGGGUGAUAUGGUAUGGAGAAAUUAGAUGAUGAUCACUGUAAGGACAAAAGGUUAUUCGCUCGAUUGCAGUAUACUGCACUGGUCUAGUCGGGUGAAGUUGCUGGUAAAUCAUUCCAGGAUUUAAGAGGUCAGGGUCUUGUUGUUCAAAGCUUGGUUAAGGCCCUUUCCGCACUAGUCGUUUUAAAAUUUUAGAAUCCCCGAGUUUUGCAUAAAAAAGAUAAUUUUUUCCUUUCUUGUAAACUGACUUCUGUUCAAUUACACGCUGGUCGUAGCUUAAACGACAAAUGAUCGACAGGGUUAUUACGGUUUAUUUAUUUUGUCGAUUUUUUCCAGUUUUUAACUGGGACAAUUUUGUCAAAGUGCGUUUGAAGAUGUGUCCGCUUCGGCCAAAAUUUUUCAAGUCGCGACAAACCAUUCGCACUUGUAAAAUGUUAGUGACGACAGAAAAUUUGUCUAAAUAGACAACUUUUUCGCUAGUGCUGUAAGGCUCUUAAAAUACCUCAGAGUUAAUGAGAAAUCUGGUUGAAGAUCUGAAGGCUUUAAAACAAAAUUUAGGACAAAUAUUUUUGUCUACAAUUUGAUGACUGGAUGCCUUUCAAAGAAGAGAGAAAAUUAUCCUUGAAAGGCUUUUGAACAGAGGGAUGAAGAAACUCGGAUUAAAAUUUAACCCCGGGUUAGCGCUAAGCAGCCUUCGAACAGCUGAGCCCAGUGAGAUAUACUGCGUUCGAAAUGCACUUUACGAACUAUUGAAUUUUCUUGAAAAUUUUUAGUGAUGGUAUCAAGAACAAUUUGUAUUCAGAAUUUUGAUGAAUUGAUAUAAUUACGUCACCGGGUUAUUUGGACACGCGCAAAAUGAGUGUG